GCCUGGGGCUGACGUGCAAUUCGAGCUGGUUUGCAACGCACAUGUUAUGAAAAUGACCAAUUUCGUGUCUUGGAUGACGAUGUUCAUAACCGCUUCAUUUCACUGCCUUGUGGACUCGUAUGGUAGAUUAAUCUCGAUUGGUUCCAAGCUGUCAAGCGUAGCAACCACUCUACGGGGGCCCUCUACAUGACCUGUUGCAACAAUCUCGUGGUCUUCACUACCUUACCGAAAAAACUAUGGUUAUCCCUGGACCCAAUGAACCGACACUCAUCCAGCUCAACAAAAUAGCGGAAAUAUUCGUAGCUGAAAUGAUCGAGCUUUAUGGUGGACAAGAAUUUCACACAUGCGGACAUGAAAACAAGCACCCAUCCAUUCAGUCCUCAAUAGUGAGGUUUUCGAUCUUGCAGCGAGUCACAAAAUCGAAGGACUUGCCUCUUUCUCGUCAAAGUUGUUCAUGUGUCCGCAACGCGAUACAGUUUCGUAUUAUCUUGUGGACCCACGAGGUUUCGAUCCAACAAAUUACGCGAUCUAUGGCGUUAUACGAGAGAUGCCUUUCAUUCUCGUUUUCGACGAUAAUGAUCAAAAGGAGAUAUUGAUCGUUGUGGAGUUUACUGAUACCAGAGGAUUUGUUUGGUGCGUUUCGGUGAGGUCCUGCCAUGUUCGUGGCUUCGGAAGGUUGCUGGAG